AUGUACGGUACAGGAACUGGCCCGCAAACAGGCAUUUCGACUCCUAGGUCUAGUGCCUCUCUCCGGUCGUUGACCCUGACCCAUGGCACCCUCGAAACCUCUUUCCUCGUCCCCACCAAUCUUCACUUUCACGCCUCCCAGAUCAAAGACAGAUUCAUUGCAAGCCUGCCUCCUGCCACAGAUGAGCUUGCUCAGGAUGACGAACCUUCAUCAAUUGCCGAGUUAGUAGCCCGCUACUUGGGUUUCGUUGCCCGAGAAGUGGAAGAGGGAGAGGACGAUGCGUCGGGUUCGUAUGAAGAAGUACUCAAACUCGUUCUCAACGAGUUCGAGAGAGCCUUCUUGCGAGGCAACGAGGCCCACGCUAUUGCAGCUGCCCUACCGGGCAUUGAGUCGAAAAAGCUCGAAGUCAUUCGAUGUUACUACAUGGCCCGCGCCGUCUCCAAUCGACCCAUCAAACCUCACCAGUCUGCAUUAUUGCGAGCUGCUGACGAUGGAUCUGCCGAUAUUUACACCAUAUUCGGCGGUCAAGGCAACAUUGAGGAAUAUUUCGACGAGCUUCGCCAAGUCUUCAAAACCUACUCAGGCUUCGUUGGUGAGCUGAUCACAUCAUCGGCGGAGCUCUUGCAGACUCUGUCCAACAACCCCAGUGCCGAAAAAAUGUUCCCCAAAGGCCUGGACAUCAUGAACUGGUUGCAACAUGCCGAAUCCACACCUGAUAUCGAUUAUCUCAUCUCCGCACCAGUCAGUUUUCCUCUGAUAGGUCUGGUUCAAAUGGCCCAUUACGAGGUUACCUGCAAGGUCUUGGGCAUUCAUCCCGGCAUUCUGCGGGAGCGCAUCAGCGGCACCACCGGUCACUCCCAAGGUAUCGUCAUGGCCACAGCUACCGCGGCUGCCGAUUCUUGGGAAUCGUGGCGUGAGAUUGUCCGCUCUACCCUCUCCAUCCUGUUCUGGGUUGGUACCAGAAGCCAGCAAGCUUUCCCCGCUACAUCCUUGACGCCGACCAUGCUCCGCGAAUCCAUGGAGCACGGUGAGGGAAACCCUACUCCAAUGUUGAGUAUCCGGGACUUAUCUCAGCAAGAAGUUCAGAAGCACAUUGAUGCUACAAACCAGUACUUGCCUUCUCAUCGACAUAUCAGCAUCUCACUCAUCAACAGCCCGCGAAACUUGGUAGUUACAGGCCCUCCGACGUCCCUCUACGGUCUAAACUCCCAGCUGCGCAAAGUCAAGGCUCCCACUGGUUUGGAUCAGACUCGUAUCCCAUACACUGAGCGCAAGGUUCGCUUCGUCAAUCGUUUCUUGCCAAUUACAGCUCCCUUCCACAGCAAAUAUCUCGCCGAGGCUACUGACACCAUCGAUGCGGAUCUCAAAGACAUCUGCAUUGAUACUCGUGACCUAGGAAUCCCUGUUUUUGAUACAAACACUGGCAAGGAUCUGCGUACCGAGAUCAAGGGCAACGUCGUGCCAGCUCUUGUCCGCCUGAUUACCCGUGCUCCCGUCAAUUGGGAGAAGGCUACAGUUUUCCCCGAUGCCACUCAUAUCCUUGACUUUGGCCCCGGAGGCGUUUCUGGAUUGGGGACCUUGACCAGCCGUAAUAAAGAAGGAACUGGGGUUCGCGUCAUCUUGGCUGGUACCAUAGAUGGCACGGUAAACGAGGUUGGCUACAAGCCUGAGCUCUUUGAUAGAGACGAAGAGAACGCGGUUCGAUACGCCAACGACUGGGUCAAGGAAUUCGGGCCUCGCCUGGUAAAGACGUCCAGCGGUCGCACAUACGUGGAUACGAAAAUGAGCCGCUUGCUAGGAUUGCCGCCCAUUGUUGUCGCCGGCAUGACUCCAGCUACUGUACCAUGGGACUUUGUCGCUGCCACGAUGAAUGCUGGCUACCAUAUCGAACUUGCUGGUGGCGGCUAUUUCGCCGGCGGCAGGAUGACUGAAGCUCUCACGAAAAUUGAAAAGGCGAUUCCUGCGGGGCGCGGUAUCACUGUCAAUUUGAUUUACGUCAAUCCUCGUGCCAUGGCCUGGCAAAUCCCCCUGAUUGGCAAGCUGCGUGCCGAAGGUGUGCCAAUUGAAGGUCUGACAAUCGGUGCUGGUGUUCCUUCCAUAGAGGUUGCCCAGGAGUAUAUUGAGACGCUCGGUCUCAAGCAUAUCGCCUUUAAGCCUGGCUCGAUUGAAGCCAUCCAGGCCGUCAUCAACGUUGCCAAGGCCAAUCCCAACUUCCCGAUUCUGUUGCAGUGGACUGGCGGCCGUGGCGGCGGUCAUCAUUCCUUUGAGGACUUCCAUCAACCAAUCCUGCAAAUGUAUGGUCGCAUUCGUCGUCAGGAGAACAUUAUUCUGGUUGCUGGUAGUGGUUUUGGUGGAGCUGACGACACGUACCCUUACAUCACCGGACAGUGGUCCAAGAAGUACGGCUACCCUCCUAUGCCGUUUGAUGGCUGCUUGUUCGGCAGUCGCAUGAUGGUAGCCAAGGAAGCCCAUACGAGUAGGGAUGCCAAGAAAGCCAUCAUUGAUGCUCCCGGACUAGAUGACAGCGAGUGGGAGAAGACCUACAAGGGCCCGGCUGGUGGUGUCAUCACUGUUCGUUCUGAAAUGGGUGAGCCCAUUCAUAAGUUGGCAACAAGGGGUGUGCGCUUUUGGGCCGAGAUGGACCAAAAGAUUUUCAGUCUCCCCAAGGAGAAGCGUGUCGCGGAGCUGAAGAAGAAUCGUGACUACAUCAUCAAGCGCCUCAACGACGACUGCCAAAAGGUCUGGUUUGGCUGCAACAAGGAGGGCAAGGCUGUGGACCUCGAAGACAUGACGUAUGCUGAGGUGGUUCGCCGCCUGGUCCAGCUUCUCUACGUCAAGCACCAGCAGCGGUGGAUUGAUCCUACAUUCAUUACUCUUACAGGCGACUUUAUCCACCGCGUUGAGGAGAGAUUUACCAGCAGCGCCGGCAAGCCUUCUCUUCUGCAGAACUACUCAGAUCUCCAUGAGCCCUACUCCGCGGUUGACAGAAUUCUUUCUCACUAUCCCGAAGCCGAGACUCAGAUCAUCAAUGCACAAGAUGUACAACAUUUCUUGCUGCUCUGCUUGAGGCCUGCGCAGAAGCCUGUCACCUUCAUCCCGUCCCUCGACGACAACUUUGAGUUCUUUUUCAAGAAGGACUCUCUCUGGCAAUCCGAGGACCUGGACGCUGUCAUUGGUCAGGAUGUUGGCCGGACUUGUAUUCUCCAGGGUCCCGCUGCCGUCAAAUACUCCACUGUCGUUGACGAGCCUAUCAAGGACAUCCUUGACGGCAUUCAUGAGUCUCAUAUCAAGUAUCUUACUCGUGAUUUGUAUGACGACGACGAGACGUCUAUCCCUACAAUCGAGUAUUUCGGUGGUAAACUCGUCGAAUCCGAGAUUCCUCUGGAUAUGGACGGCCUCACGGUUGCCUAUGAUACCCAUAAGAACACUUACCGUCUCUCCUCUGCUGCGGGCGCCGCGUUGCCAUCUCUCGAGUCCUGGCUGGCUCUACUUGCAGGCCCCAAGCGUAACUGGCGUCAUGCUCUGCUCAAUUCGGAUGUCAUUGUGCAGGGCCAGAAGUUCCAGACGAAUCCCUUGAAGCGCAUUUUUGCUCCUGCUCGCGGACUGUUUGUUGAAAUCCAGUAUCCUAAUGACCCGGCCAAGACGAGUAUCGUCGUCAAGGAGCAGCCUCGACACAACCACUACGUUGACGUCAUCGAGGUCAAGCUUGUGGGCAAAAACGAGAUCCUUGUCAACAUGAUCAAGGAUACGACUGCGCUCGGAAAGCCGGCCGCACUUCCCUUGAAGUUUACCUACCAUCCCGAGGCAGGGUACGCUCCCAUUCGGGAAGUCAUGGAGGACCGCAACGACCGUAUCAAAGAGUUUUACUGGAAGGCGUGGUUCGGCGAUGAGCCCCUAGAUCUUGAUGCCAUCAUCACCAGCACCUUUGACGGCGGGCGCACUACAAUCACCGGCGAAGCUAUUAAUGACUUUAUUCAUGCAGUUGGAAACACUGUAGAGGCUUUUGUCGACCGACCCGGAAAGGUCGUCAACGCCCCCAUGGAUUUUGCCAUUGUCGUGGGCUGGAAGGCCAUCACGAAGCCCAUAUUUCCCCGAACCAUUGACGGUGAUCUCCUCAAGCUGGUGCAUCUAUCCAACCAGUUCCGCAUGAUUCCUGGCGCUGAGCCUCUCAAGAAGGGUGACGAGGUGUUCACCACUGCCCAAGUUAACGCCGUCAUCAACCAAGAGGCCGGCAAAAUGGUCGAGGUUUGUGGCACGAUCGUCCGGGAUGGCAAACCUGUCAUGGAGGUCACUUCACAGUUUCUCUACCGCGGCAAGUACACCGACUACGAGAACACGUUUCAGCGCAAGAUUGAGACUCCUGUUCAGGUACACCUAGCCACCACCAGGGACGUCGCCGUCUUGCGCUCAAAGCAGUGGUUCGCCAUUGAUGAGGUCCCCAAUGACAUCGAUCUUCUCGGACAGACCUUGACUUUCAAGCUCCAAUCUCUUGUUCGUUACAAGAACAGGAAUGUUUUCAGCAGCAUCGAGACCCGUGGCCAAGUGCUGCUGGAGUUGCCGACCAAGGAGGUGAUCCAGGUUGCUAGCGUCGACUACGAGGCUGGCGAGUCGCACGGCAAUCCGGUCAUUGACUAUCUGGAACGGAACGGCUCUCCUCUGGAUCAACCGAUCCUGUUCGAGAACCCUAUCCCCUUGAGCGGCAAGACUCCUCUGCAGCUCCGUGCGCCUGCCUCCAACGAGACGUAUGCUCGCGUGUCUGGCGAUUACAACCCUAUCCAUGUGUCUCGGGUGUUCUCUACCUACGCCAACCUCCCGGGCACCAUCACCCACGGCAUGUAUUCCAGUGCCUCUGUCCGGAGCCUGGUUGAGACUUGGGCUGCGGAGAACGAUAUUGGCCGCGUCCGCAGUUUCCAAGCCACAUUUGUAGGCAUGGUUCUGCCUCAUGACGCGAUACAGGUCCAGCUGCAGCACGUCGGUAUGGUUGCUGGCCGCAAGAUCAUCAAGGUGGAGGUCAGCAACGCCGAGACUGAAGAAAAGGUGCUGCUCGGUGAGGCCGAAGUAGAACAGCCAGUCACAGCCUACGUUUUCACCGGUCAGGGUUCUCAGGAGCAAGGUAUGGGCAUGGAACUGUAUGCCAGCAGUCCUGUCGCCAAGGAUGUGUGGGACCGGGCCGACAAGUAUCUCCUCGACAACUACGGCUUCUCUAUUACCAACAUUGUCAAGAACAAUCCCAAGGAGCUCACGAUUCACUUUGGUGGUCCUCGUGGCAAGGCCAUUCGGCAAAACUACAUGGCCAUGACCUUUGAAACGGUGGCCGCAGAUGGAUCCAUAAAAUCGGAACGCAUCUUCAAAGAGAUUGAUGAACACACCACGUCCUACACUUACCGGUCGCCGACGGGUCUGCUCUCGGCGACUCAGUUCACGCAGCCAGCACUGACGCUCAUGGAGAAGGCCAGCUUCGAGGACAUGAAGUCCAAGGGUCUGGUACCUCGCGACAACACUUUUGCCGGUCACUCCCUGGGCGAGUAUUCGGCCCUAGCUGCCUUGGCCGACGUCAUGCCGAUUGAGUCGUUGGUGUCGGUCGUUUUCUAUCGUGGUUUGACCAUGCAGGUGGCUGUGGAGCGUGAUGCCGCCGGUCGAUCCAACUACUCGAUGUGCGCGGUGAACCCCAGCCGUAUUUCCAAGACUUUCAACGAAGAGGCUCUGCAAUUUGUGGUCAACAACAUCUCCGAGGAGACUGGUUGGUUGUUGGAGAUUGUCAACUACAACAUUGCCAACAUGCAGUACGUAUGUGCUGGUGACUUGCGAGCUCUGGACACGUUGGCUGGGGUUACCAACUUCCUCAAGAUGAAGCAAAUUGAUAUUGAGGAGAUGCGAAGCAACAUUGAAGAGGCCAAGGAGGCUCUCCGCGAGAUUAUCAGCGGAUGUGCCGAGAAGACGCUGAAGAAACCCUUGCCGCUGGAGCUGGAACGGGGCUUUGCCACAAUCCCCUUGCGAGGAAUCGACGUACCAUUCCACUCGACCUUUUUACGAUCAGGCGUCAAGCCGUUCCGAUCCUUCCUGCUCAAGAAGAUCAACAAGACGACGAUUGAUCCUUCCAAACUCGUGGGGAAAUAUAUCCCGAACGUCACCGCCAGGCCCUUUGAGCUGACAAAGGAGUACUUUGAGGAUGUAUACAGAUUGACAAACUCGCCAAAGAUUGGGGCCGUUUUAGCCAACUGGGAUCGAUACAAUCAGGAGGAUGACAAGGUUCUGAGCGACAGUUCAUCAAGUGUGGGCUAUGACGGACCAGGGGCUGCCGCCUAG